AUGUUAUUGGACUUGAAAUCAGGGUUACAUUAUGCAUUUAAAGGUAACCAUCAUGUGUUACCUGAGUUCAGAAAAUUACAUAUUCAAUACAUGGAAUCACAUUUAAAAAAUGGCCAUUUGAAAAAAGGCUCUUAUGGAACUACAGUUCUUCAUGUUGUGUCUGAAGAAGGGUAUGAGGAUUAUGUUGAAUUUUUCCUGGGGAAAAACAAACCACAUUUUUUUAUCUUCAAAACAUUUGCCAAUGAACAAGAUGAUUUAGGCCAAACAGCUUUACAUAAAGCAUGCGUUAAAGAACAUUUAAAUGUUGCAAAGUUGUUAUUGGACAAUAGCAUAAACAUUAACACAUCUGACAAUGAUGGCAAAACAGCACUCGAUAUUGCAUGCUCUUCAAACUCAAUUGAUAUUGUAGAUCUUCUCUUGUCACGACAUGCAACUGUUAGUCAGAAAAAAACCGAUUUAAAAUCUGCACUACAUGUUUCUUGCGAAAACAAUUAUUUACAAAUAGUUGACCUCAUUUUAAGAAAUAACGCAAAUCUAAAUGAAAGGGAUACGCAUGGCAAUACACCUCUUCAUUUAGCGUGUAAGCAAGGACAUGUAGAAAUUGUCGACUUGUUGUUGCAAUACAAACCAUCUGUUAAUAUAUCUGAUGAUAGAGGUCAAACUCCGUUGUAUUUGGCUGUAAAUGAAAAGAAUAUUAAGAUUGUCAAAAUCCUUUUGGAGAAAAAUGCAAACACUAACAGUCACACAGAUGAGAUGAGAUUUCCGCUUCACUGUGCUUGUCAACACGGAUCCUUGGAAAUUGCCAGAAUGUUGAUUGAACACCAUGCAUUAGUUGAUAUCAAGAUUCACAACGAUUGCACCCCGUUGUAUAUAGCAUGCAGUAAUGGUUAUCUUAAUGUAGCAAAGCUUUUGUUGGAAAAGGAAGCAAAAGCAAAUGAUCCAAAUUUAUUUGGAAAUACGCCGAUUUUAGCAGCAUGCAAAUACAAUCACAUAAAGACUGUUAAGUUGUUAUUGGAUAAUGAAGCAGAUGUCAACUGUAAAAAUAAAUAUAUGAUGACACCAUUGCAUGUAGCAUGUAAGAAUAACAAUAUGGAUAUUGUUCUGCUACUUAUUAAAUACGGAGCGUUGAUAAAUGAACAUAAUAAAAAUCAUCACACUCCUUUGCUGAUAGCUUGUCUUCAAGGUUAUCAUAUUGUUGCAACUGAACUUACGAGACAUGGUGCUUCUGUAAACAUGGCAAAUCAGAAUGGUGAAACGCCACUCUAUAUAACCUGCAAAGAAGGACACGAAGAAACCGUGAAAAUGUUGUUAAACGCGGGUGCUAAUGUAAAUCAGGAUACAAACGAUGGAAUGACACCACUUCACAUGGCUUGUAAAGGCGACAGAGAACACAUUCUUAAAUUGUUGUUAAAUGCAGGUGUUGAUUUGAAUAUGGGUUAUAGGGAUGGGUCGACACCACUGGAAAUAAUUCAAAAGACCGGAAGAAAGAAGAUUGUUUCGUUGGUGUUUCAAGCAAAUGAAAGUGUGACUUCAAUCGAUUCUAAUGAGAGGUCAUCGCUUUAUAUGGCUUGUAAAGAUGGAAAUGAUGCAGCUGUACAAGAUUUGUUAAGAUGA